AUGAGCCUCCGCCUGCCUCUCUGGGGAGGCAAAUUCGCCACCAUCGUCAGCGCCUACGCUCCGACGAUGACCAACCCCGACGCCGUCAGAGACAAAUUCUACGAGGACCUGCACGCCCUCUUGGCAACUGUGUCGAAGGCGGACAAGUUGAUUGUUCUUGGUGACUUCAACGCCCGCGUCGGCACAGACCAUACUGCCUGGAGAGGAGUGCUGGGUCCCCACGGUCUCCGCGGCUCAAACGACAAUGGUCUGCUGCUUCUCCGCACCUGCGCAGAACACCGCCUCCUGCUGACGAACACGUUCUUCUGUCUGCCGGAGCGAGAGAAGGCCACCUGGAGGCAUCCUCGGUCGCGCCAGUGGCACCUGCUGGACUAUGUCCUCGUCCGGAGGCGAGAUCAGCGGGACGUGCUGGUGACGAAGGCGAUCGCGGGUGCUGACGGGUGGACGGACCAUCGCCUCGUCAUCUCGAAGAUGCGUAUUCGCCUACAGCCUCGCAGGAGACCACAAGGUAAGCGACCCCCAGGUAAGCUGAAUGUUGCCUUGUUGUCUUUGCCCGCUCACCAUCUCCAUUUCAGCAAUGAGCUAGCUCAACGGCUAGACAACCUUCCUAUCGCUGCCGCCGACGACGCCGCCGCUGCCGAGAACGCUUCCGUGGAGAACCGCUGGUGUCAACUGCGAGACACGGUCCAGUCGACGGCGCUCGCCGUCCUCGGUCGCGCUCCCCGCCAAGACCAGGACUGGUUCGACGACAACGACGCCGCCAUCAGAAAUCUGCUAGCUGAGAAGAACCGCCUACACAAAGCCUACGUAGAUCACCCCACUGAGGGCACCAAAGCUGCCUUCUACCGCAGUCGCCGCCAACUUCAGCAACGACUGCGCGAGAUGCAGGACGCCUGGACUGCUCGCAAAGCUGAGGAGAUCCAAGGGUACGCGGACCGCAACGAAUGGAAGAACUUCUUCUCUGCGAUCAAAGCUGUCUACGGUCCGCCGACGAAGGGCACUGCUCCUCUCCUCAGCGCCGACGGCAACACUCUCCUGACUGAGAAGACGCAAAUCCUGCAGCGAUGGGCCGAGCAUUUUCGAGGCGUCCUCAACCGCCCCUCCGUCAUCUCCGACGCCGCCAUCGAGCGCCUGCCGCAAGUGGAGACCAACGUGGACCUCGACCUCCCGCCAUCUCUCCAGGAGACCAUCAGGGCCGUGCAGCAGCUCUCUAGCGGGAAAGCACCCGGAUCGGACGCGAUCCCUACUGAGGUCUACAAGCACGGAGGUCCCCAACUAAUGGAUCACCUGACUGCGCUCUUCCAAGAGAUGUGGCGUCAAGGUGAAGUCCCGCAAGAUUUCAAAGACGCAACCAUCGUGCAUCUCUACAAGCGCAAAGGGAAUCGCCAAGUCUGCGACAAUCACCGCGGCAUCUCCCUGCUGAACAUCGCCGGGAAGAUCUUCGCACGAAUCCUCCUCAACCGCCUCAAUAACCAUCUGGAACAGGGCCUUCUGCCGGAAAGCCAAUGCGGCUUCCGUUGUCAUCGUGGGACCACGGAUAUGAUCUUCGCCGCCCGUCAACUUCAGGAGAAGUGUCAGGAGAUGCGGACCCACCUGUACUCUACCUUCGUGGACCUGACGAAAGCCUUCGACACGGUGAAUCGUGAAGGACUGUGGAAGAUCAUGCAGAAAUUCGGCUGUCCGGAGCGAUUCACUCAGAUGGUGCGUCAGCUGCACGACGGUAUGAUGGCGCGAGUCACGGACAACGGAGCUGUCUCAGAGGCAUUCGCAGUGACCAAUGGAGUGAAGCAGGGCUGCGUACUGGCGCCUACCCUCUUCAGUCUUAUGUUCUCUGCCAUGCUGAUGGACGCCUACCGCGACGAACGCCCCGGGAUCCGCAUCGCCUACAGGACGGACGGUCACCUCCUGAAUCAACGGCGGAUGCACUUCAAAUCGCGCGUAUCCACAACCACCGUNCUGGAGGCGGUCUGA